AUGCUAAAUCUGUUGCAUUCUAUUUCAUUGCAGUUUUUGGAGGCAAAAAGGAGGAUGAUGCACGUGAAUGCUAAAUUUGAUCAUGUUAACGAAAUAAUGAAUGUAGAAGAGGAUAGACUAAGUAGCUUGCCAAACGAACUUAUCCAUAAAAUCCUCUCUUUUAUUAGCGUGAGAGAGGCUAUUGGAGUGAGUGUUUUGUCAUCAAGAUGGAGAUCUAUCUGGACUUCAUCGCCCUAUAUCUGUUUCUUAAAUGUGCCUGACUUCUCCAACUUUGUUUAUGAUGAAAUGUCUCGUCGCAAUAAUCAAAUACACUUGUCUUCAUUCAAUCUCUUUUCUUGGAAAAGGCUUAGAUAUUCGUUUGUCAAUAGCAUUCUAGACUAUGCAUUGUCUCUCAAUAUUCAAAUACUGACUGAUACAUGCGGCUUUGAGAGUAAUGUUGGAUCUCCUCUUUCUCUCUUUAGCUCUCCACCUCUCAAUCACCUUGAUUUGUUGGGACUUCAUUAUCAUUCUCCUUCCUAUUCUGCCACACCAGCUUUAACAACAUUGCAUCUUGAUCGUAUCACAUUGUCUGACUCUGAUAAGCGCAUUGAUCUUUUCUCCAAGUGCACCAACUUGAAAGGUGUGAAUGUGGUUGCACCUCAACUCAAGAAUCUCACUAUUAAUUGUUGCAAUAUGAAGUUUCUUACAAUUUCUGCACCUGGCCUAACCUCCUUGGUUAUGAAAGGUGAUGAUCCUUUGGGGAUUUCGACACAAGCAUUCCAUUCUUUGGAGAAGGUGAAUCUCUGUAUUUUUCGCCCACUCCUAAGAGAUGCUCAUAAAAUAGUUCGUCUGCUUAAACAGCUUCACAGUGUCAAACUUCUUAUACUUAACUGGAGGCUUCUCGAGGUUCUUUCUUCAUCCAUGGGACAAACCUCACAUCAACCUUCUCAGUUUUCUGGUUUCAAGAUUUUAAAGUUUACACCGAGUUACCCGGGAAGGGUUUCUUUGGAGGCACAAGCACACGAGAAAGCAACUCCAAGUACCAUCUUCACAAUGAUCUCGUGUGAGGAUAUUAGAGUUAUGAGGAAUAUCGUAUCAGCACAAGAGCUUGUUGCAGAAUCACGGGUGCUCUUUCAGCAUUGUAAACCACUUUGCAAUACUAACAAGGCUUAUAUGGAACAACCAAUGGAGAGCCUCAGGAUAAAGUGGCAUGAACAUAGCAAAGCACAAGUUAAAAGGCUGUGGGCACAAUCACCAUUGGAAAUGCAAUCGCACUUUGAGAUGAAGCAAGAGAAAAUUGAAAAAUUAGUAAAAAAGCUGCAGCAUGUUGAAGGAUUGGUGACUGAGCAACCUGUAUCAAAGAGGGAUGUGAUGCAAGCAACAUUUUCUAGUGUGUGUGAAGAAGCUGCCAUUGUCAUGUAA